AAGCUCAAAUUAAAAUCCCAUUAAAAUGCAAUAAUAUUGUUUUUGAAUCAUUUUGAAUUUUUUAUGGCGAAAUUAUUAUGUAUGUCAAGUAAAAAAACGACUACUUUAAUGGGAGAAAAUUUCGCGGUAAAAAAUUGGCACGAAAUUUGCGAAACUUUAUUCUUCCAAACCAUCCAUUUUUUUAAAUUCGCAAAAUUAAGUUCCCGCGAAAAUUUCAUCCUUUAAAAUAUAAAUUUGUUUGGAUAUUCGCAUCUCUUGGAUUACUGUAAUGAAUAUAUCUUACAAAACCUACAAGCACUGUACCAAUGUUCCCAAAAUCUUCAACUUAUAACGUUCUAGCUUUUUACGUUUCUUUUUCACAGUGCUUAUUUGAGGACAGCCAAUGAAAUAAAGUAAGUUGAGUUUUCAAACAGGUCAGUAUGUCGUUUACGUAGGUCUGUAAGAAAUAAAAAAUCGUCUAUUUUAAGAAAUCUUCUAUCUGUGGAGUUGCGCAUAUGAGCGUUCACUUAUGCAGCGUCUCAGAAAUACAAGCUCGUACUUAGUAUCUCUCAGCACCCGUAUUAGCAAAUUCGUUAAAACUUUUAGCAAGCGUAGCGCUGUUAAAAAGCAAAUAGGUCUGGUGAUGAAGUUGGCAAAAUACUUGUUUAGUUUAUAUCCAUUUAUAAAAUUCAAUUAUCACGCAAAAUAUGAAAAUUGGCACACGCGAAAUUUAAUGUCCCUCAGAUACGAGACUGGUAAUAAAUGUAUCUUGAUAUUACGUCAUCAAGAUUAUAUUUGAUAAAAAGUCCGUUUAUGUUUGCUAUUUGAGACUUAAUGUUAUAAGCGGAAUGAAUAGAAAAUGAAAAGUCUGCAAAUACAUAAAAGAAUGCAGUGUAAAUAUGUAUUAUAAAUACGAACAAAAACGAAAAACUAAUGAAAAAAUAGUUAAAAGUUUUUUGAUAUUAAAUCAUAGGUGAUAUUUUUGACAUACGAUAGAAAAAAUCGCGAGAAAUUGAGAUUUGUAUAUAUAGCGUGUUAUAACCAGAGGUUAAAGUUUGAAGUAACUUUCUUGUAACAGACAACAGCGUUGACAGAUACUCGCUUUAUAAAAAUGGCAUUUUUGUGUCCAUACGGAAUCAAGAAAAAGGGUAAAUACGACGGAAAAAAACCAGACGAUGCAUAUGCUGCCGAAAGCGAUGAUGCUCGCGUUGUAGCGGAAACACAAGAAGAAAAAACAUUGCUUGAAGUAGUGCAAGACUAUUAUCCCUGCUCGGCUUUAGAAUUGCCAGUAAGAGCUGGCGAGAUUGUAGAAAUCAUAGAGAACGAAGGAAUGUGGGUGUUUGUUCGUGCGGAAAACGGUUCUGACGGAUACAUACCACGACGACAUUGCCGUAUCGCCGACAAAAAUGACGUAAAUUCUGAUGUCGGAUAUUAUUCGGACCACCAAAAGAGUGAGUGUGAUGUCCCUCAAUAUAAGCGAACGUCUGAAGAAUCAAACGCACGUACUACGUCGCAAGCACCACGGCAAAUUGCUAAAAACAGGAAACAUAGCGAGAGUUCGAGCCAUAACGGACCUACAAGUUCUUCAGCAAGUCCUGCGAGCACCAUAUCAAGUGGUUACAUGCAGAUCACUGCAAGUCAACGAAAAUGGACGGACACUAAGGGCAUGUUCACACAUCAAAACAUUAGCUCUUAUAAACCUGACGUCUUACCAAAAAAACAGCGUUACUCAGAGCCCCACACACAGGAAUCUUUCCCGAUUUGUGGAAGGAAGUGUCAGCAAGGCUGUACGCAUGGUCUUGAGGGCGCAAGUCACAGAAGAGAAGGAAGAGGAGUACAUGCUGGUGUGCACAAAUCUUCAUUACCCAGCGGAAAACGUCAAGUCGAUGCAAACAUUAAUCAUUAUGCGGAUGAACUUCGUCAAACGUCUGAACAUCUUUUUGCUGACACUCAGUUAUCACUGAUGGAACACAACCAACUGCGCGAGAACUUGCAAAACUAUUGGCAAGUUGCAAAAACAACAAAAGUUCAGCAUAUAAAACAGCACCGGGAGAAAGAGCGUAGUCAAUCAGCUCCAGUUAAUUUAGUUUAUUCCAAAUGCGGACAUCCAGAGUUGAUCGUGAUCAAAGAUUAUCAACAACAAGGCGAGACUGAUAUCUCGAUUGACCGUGGUGAUUUUGCCGCCAUUAUCAACGACACAAAGUAUGAACAAUGGAUGUACAUUUUAAACGAGAAAGGGGAGAAAGGAUUUAUACCGACAGAAUGUGUUAUCAAACACCAAUGUGAAGUAUGUACGAACCAGGAUGGUGACGCUGAACAGGAGUUGCCACACAGACUUAAAAAAAGUUUAACAAUUUCGAAUUGUGGAGAAGAGUCGUUAGUUGAUAGUUACCAAGGAGAUCCGACAAAGUACAUAAUACCGAAUACCGACAAUAUGACUCGGUUUAUCGUCACAUCGAAUUAUUCAGGACGUGAUUUAGACGAUUUAUAUGUCUGCGUAGGUGACCUGGUAUUUGGCAACAUGAAUCAGCAGUCACUCGACGGAUGGCUGUGGGUGUACUCACCAAGACAAAAAUGUUCAGGUUAUAUACCAAACAAGACAGUAGAGAAGGCUAAGGAAAUUAGCCAAGCGAGUGUGUAAAUUCCUUGUUUUUGUAAGUGUUUAUUCGGCAAUUUUAUUUUUGUUUACUUUUGUAAAGUUACAGUUUACGAAGUUGAAUUAACUUUGGAUAAAAAUG